AUGGAUCUCGCUUGUCGCAUCGAACAAUCCAUCUACAACCAAUUUCCCUUUAGUACUAAGUUUAACUUAAAAGAGAGCUACAAUGCAAAGCUACGCAAUAUUCUAUUCAAUCUUUCCGACCCCAAGAAUCCCGAUCUUCGAAAUCGGAUUUUUUCCGGAGAACUGGAGCCCGAGCGACUUCCCAUCAUGACAAACGACGAGAUGGCUUCUUCUGAAAUGCGAAAAUGGAAGGAGGAGGAGGAGCGAAAGCAUAUCGAAGAGAACGUAAUGCUCACCGAUGCCAGCGAGAAAAAGAUCGCCACGGUGAGCAUUGCUCAUGACGACAUCCCCAAAUCCGUCGAAAUCAAAGAAGAUUCCGAGCCAGUCACCCCCCGAGAACCCUCCGCCCCCUCCGAGCCCCCCGCCAAGACGGUGGUGAUUCCCACGGAGCUCGACAAAGAGCGCGAGGAGCAGAUCGCCGCGCUUUUGAAGCAGAUUCCCGCGGCACCGCCAACCCCCCAAAAAGGAGAAACAGGAGAAACAGGAGAAGCAGAAAAGUCGAAGGCGGCAGCGGCGAACUCAGCGUCCCCCGCGGUGAAAGAGCCGGCGAAGGAGCGUUUUUCGCUGCCGGUGCGUCCGAACGCGGAGAGCGAGAUCGCGAUCGCGAUGCCGGACGCGAAGCCGAUCGGGUUUUUAGCGAGCGUGAUCCAGACGCCGAGCGACGUGGAGGUGGGUUCGGUUUUGCUGGACAAACCGGUGCCGGUGAUCGGUCGGAUGAACGUGGCGGCGUGCGACGCGUACUGGACCACCUGCAAGGAGAAUCCGUCGUACGACGUGGUGUGGUGGCGCUUGGAGCUCGCGGACGAUUCCUCCGAGUAG